GGCCGCGGCCGCUGGUUCCGGAUCGCGCCGCUGAUCCCCGGCCCGGCCUGGCUCCGCGACCUCGGCGCCAUGAAGGCGAUAAUCCAGCGGGUCACCCAGGCCAGCGUGACAGUGGGUGGGGAACAAAUAAGUUCCAUUGGAAGAGGCAUCUGUGUGUUGCUGGGUAUUUCUUUGGAAGAUACUCACAAAGAGCUAGAACACAUGGUUCGCAAGAUUUUAAACUUGCGUGUGUUUGAAGAUGAAAGCGGGAAACACUGGUCUAAAAGCGUGAUGGAUAAACAGUAUGAGGUGCUUUGUGUCAGCCAGUUUACUCUGCAGUGCAUCCUGAAAGGAAACAAACCAGACUAUCACAUGGCUAUGCCUGCAGAGCAAGCAGAGUCUUUCUACAACAACUUCCUAGAACAACUUAAAAAAGCCUACAAACCAGAGCUUAUUAAAGAUGGCAAGUUUGGAGCCUACAUGCAAGUAAACAUCCAGAAUGAUGGUCCUGUGACUAUAGAACUGGAAUCCCCUGCUGCCACCAUGGACCCCAAGCAGCUGACAAAGCUUGAAAAACAGCAGCAAAGGAAAGAGAAGACCAGAACCAAGGUACCCUCUGAAUCAAGUAGAGAAAGAAAUGCCCCUCGUAAUAAGGAUGACCCUAGUGCAAGCAGUGGAGCAGAGGGAGACGUGUCUUCUGAAAGGGAACCUUGAUCCUCAAAAGCAGGGCCUCAGGUUUGGACUCCUGAAGAAUCUGCUCCUGGACAUCUACUUGUGCUCGCUCAUAGGAGAGGACGAAGCUGUGCAAAGGAGGAGUGAGAAGAAGAUGCGUGUGAAAGGAAGGAGUGGCCAGUUAACAUCAGCUUGUAUAUGAAGCUGCUUCUUACUCAGAAAGCCUGGCAUCUGUAAUCUCCAGCCUGAGGUUGGCUACCUUCAUGCUGACGUUGCUGGAGUCAGAAUCAGAGGAGGAUGUUUUUGGGACACUAGGACCGUCAUUCCUCACGAUGCUGUAUUGCAGGAAUAUGGAUUAAAUAAUCAUUACCUUUUACCAAUAGAAAUGGAGCCUCAGUUGAGUAACCCUUUGUCCAUUUUGCUGUAACCCUCUUCCUGCCUUGCUUCAUUCCCUGCUCAUUGAGUGAUUGGUCCCCACCUCCAUGUGGCCAGUGACUCUGGAUUGUGGGCCAUAUGGGGCGAGGUUUGUGGUCUUGUUCAGUUAGGCACCUAGGAAGUUUUUCACUGCUGUAAAACCACAAGCCCUAUAAACACCGCUAAUAAUGGGCUCAGUGGAAUGAAAAAGUGGCUGCUGUCUUGUAAAGUCCUAGGAAAUGUUUCGUCUCAGGAGUCCCGAGAAAGCCUUGUGAAGUUUAUAUGCAACAAAUCAGACUGCAAGAAAUGCUGCAUUUUGUUCUUUUUGUUUUUCAGCUUGAAAUGCCCAUGAGGGCUGAACGCAACUUCAAGCUGAAUACUUCAGCUCUUUGUCUAAAUUGAAUAUUUGCAAAUCAUCCUGCUGGGAUUUACACCAACACUGAGCAACUUACCAAGGGUUUUUAUUGCCCUGCCUUCCAAUCCUACUAUUGGUUGCGCAACCAUGGGUGGGGGUGGGGAAGGAUAUCUUCCUGAUCACUAGAAAUUAUGCUAUGAAUCCUUUCAAUUUUCAGUAAAUCUGUCGCUGCCUAUUAUAUUCAGGCAAGGCUGUAAUUAUAGCAAUAAAAGAGUUUAUUGUGCAUCAUGCACAUGUUUGAGACAAA